AUGGGGGAUGUCUCAGGGACAAAAAAGAAACCAUUCACAGAAGCAGAGGAGAUAAUUGUUCCAGCCAUGUGUAUUGUUUCAGAAGAAUUUUUGGAACAGUCUGCCAAAGCCAAGAUAGAAAAUAUUCUAUUGUCGAACAGUACUGUUGAAAGGAGAAGUCGAUUGCUGUCUGAAGAUUUGCUUCAUCAAGUCGUCGAAAAACUACGUACUAGUCAUUGGUAUGGACUACAGUUCGAUGAGUCGACUGAUAUUAGCAACAGCGUUCAAGUGAUGGAUUUGUUAGAAUGUCAUGAUAUUCCUCUUGAAAGGUGUUCCAGUGUUACGACGGAUGGGGCUGCAGCGAUGGUUAGUGUCAGAAAUGGGUCAGCAGCAAUGAUCAAGGAACACGCUCCUGACUGUGCGAGUUCACACUGUGACCUGUACAGACAGAUUCUAGCAAGUAAGAAACUGUCACAUGACAACGUAAACCGCCCGUUUGACGAAGUCAUGGAGCAAUCGGUGAAAAUUAUCAACUCGAUUAAAUCGAAAGCCAAACAUUCAGGGAUGUUUCAGCAACUAUGUGAGGACAUUGAAGAAUGUGAUAGGACUCUUUUGUACUAUUGUGAAGUUCGUUGGUUGUCACGGGGCACUGCAUUAAGGAGGCUAUUUGAUCUGCAGAAAUGUGUGUAUGAGUUUCUCUAUGAAAUUGAUUGUCCCAAAGCAGUUCAUUUCCACAAUGAUUUGUGGAUCUCAAAACUUGGGUUUCUUGCUGAUAUGUUUGAAAAGUUAAAUGUAUUGAAUGUGAGCCUUCAAGGAAAGGAUAUGUAUGUAUUUUCAACAUCAGAUAAAAUAGAAGUAUUCGAAAUGAAAUUAUCAUUAUGGAAGAGACGAGUUGAAGGGAACGAUCUGUCUGCCUUCAGUCAACUGCCAAUAGCCCUAACAGAGGGUUCUGAUGAAAAUUUUGAACAUCAAAGGAGGCAACUGAUCCUUGAACACUUGGGGGGUCUUAAGAGAAAACUUUGA